AUGCGGGCAACCGCGUCCCCGAAUCAUACCACAAUGAUGCUACGAUUCCUGGAUAACUGCAUGUCUGCGCUUUAUUCUGCACCCAGUAUUACCAUCACUGAUUUGAACAGGGCUCUGCUCACCAGUCGUUCCAUGGUUCGAGACCGAACACGAAAAGCGCUAAACCAAAAGGGUCAAGACUAA